AUGAACAAAGGAUUUUUAUCUAAGAAGAGUUUUCAUCCAGCCAAACUAUCCAACCAAAAGAAAGUCUGGGAAGCUGAGAGACGUAAAGAAGAAGAGAGACAUCAAAUUGAAGUGCUAAAGAAAGAACGUCUUGAAGAGCUUGAACGAGAAGAAGAAGCAAAGAGGAAUUGUCUAUUAAAAGGAGAGAAGUAUGUUGAGAGACUUAAUUGGAUGUAUGAGGCACCAAUAGGAUUUGAAGAACAAGCAAAGGAAGAAGUUGUAAGAAAAGAAGACAAAGAAGAAAAACAGAAUGAUAAAGAAGAAAGUCAAAAGAAAAUAAGCAGAGACCCAAUAGUUAUGGCACAAGAAAGAAGGAAGGAAGAGAUACAAAAAAUCAUGAAAAACCCAAUGAAAUUAAGAGAAAUAGAAGAAAAGGAAAUUAAACGACUAAUUAACCGAUGGGAUAUAGACAAGACACAACGAGAAAAUAUUCAAAAAAAGAUUUGGAUAACUAGUGAAAAAGGUAAAGUUGGAGAAGAAAUUAUUAGGAAACAUGAUGAAUUAUUUAAGUGGUGGAGAGAGAUGAAAAGAGAACAACGGAUGACAAGAAAUAAUAAUUAA